AUGCCGGGCCAACAACAGGAACGCAUCAGGCUGUCGUCGAUGGGUGGGGAGUCGACUUGCAGCAACAGCAGCAGCGGGGGCAGUGGCAGUGGCAGUACGACGAUGAAAAUUCGGAGACGGGUGGUGAUGAUGGGUGCAGCUAGGGUGGGUAAGACGUCCAUCAUCAAGCAGUUCCUGUACGAUCAGUUCCCAGACCGAUACAAGGAGACCAUCGAGGAAUUGCACAGAGGAGAUUAUGAAUUACCCGAUGGAGCACGAUUGACAUUAGACAUUUUGGACACAUCGGGAGCUUAUCAGUUUCCAGCUAUGCGAGAGUUAUCUAUAUCAACUGCUGAUGCAUUUCUUUUAGUCUUCUGUGUAGACAGGGAAGACACAUGGGAUCAAGUUAAACACUUUAAAGAACAAAUAAUUGAAAGGAGAGGACCAAAAAUUCCAAUAGUAAUUGUAGGCAACAAGUGUGAACUCACCGGACGAUUUUUACCUGUGGAAAUCACCGAAGCUAUAUCUAAAUACGAUUGGGAAUGUGGCUACAUGGAAUGCUCAGCCAAAGAAAAUAGAAACAUAGUACAGGUGUUUAAGGAACUCCUAACUCAGGCAAAGGUUCAAUAUAAUUUGAGUCCAGCUGUAAGGCGCAGACGUAUGUCUCUACCAAAUUACGUGGAUAACCGUUCAGGGUCGACAAAAGGACGUUACAUGCUCAAAAGAAAUUCGUGCACGGUGGCCUAA